GCGCGGACAUAUCAGACAGUGUGUCCGCGCGCACAGAGCGACAGCAGCAGCAGCCGCAGCUCCCGUAGACACCGACUCGCGUCUCAUUUAUACAUUCUGGGUGUUAAAUACCGACGAGAACGAUGAUCUGAAGAGAUUUAGGCGCUCAGUUCUUGAAUGUAAUUCCAUUACAUUCAUCUGAUCAGCGCGCGUAAAGGGCCGCUUUGGUUUCGCCGUCUCCUCAGUCGCCUUCUCUCUGAGAGAUUCACGUGCCCAUGCGAUUCUUCAGACUCACCUUUAAGUGUUUCGUAGAUUGUUUUUGAAGGUGCUGUUUCAAAUCGGUGUCUUUUUCUUUUAUGAUCUAUUAUUUCCUUUCCAAACGCGCUUUUUGAUAAAACAAACCAAUAAUAGCCUACCGUUGCCAAUUUCGCCGAGAGAGUCAAACAGCCAUCCCUCGUAACCGUUUGACAUUGAGGAGAAUAAAGAAUAACACUGCUGGUUUUAUUAAAUAAAAGGGUAAAGGACCAGAUCCUGUGCACCUGAAGAGGAACAAAAGGGACAUCUUGGUGUGAAUAAAAGAAACUGACUUCAUCCAAGAACAAUAAGAGAUCAAAUAUUUAUUUUUGACUGCUGAUUUAAGCCCUUCUCGAGUCUCGUGAGGAGGUUCGUUUGCUUUGUUUACACGAGAGAUGGAGAAAUCCUCUCUGGACGCAGACUGCUGCGCCCUGAACACGGUCCUGGUGGAGGAGAAGAAGGGCCAUCUCAUUCCCAAUGGAAACGCGCAUCAAGGCGUCAAUGGGACCCUCAACGGCGGGCCCAUAUCAGCCGCCGCCGGAGCCGUAUCGGCGGCGGGAGCGGAGAAGAGGCAGGGCUUCCCCGAGCGAGAGACGUGGACCAGACAGAUGGACUUCAUGAUGUCCUGUGUGGGGUUCGCCGUGGGGCUGGGGAACGUCUGGCGCUUUCCGUACCUGUGCUACAAAAAUGGUGGAGGAGUGUUUCUCAUUCCCUAUGUGUUGUUCAUAUUUCUGGGAGGCAUUCCGAUAUUCUUCCUGGAGAUUGCGCUGGGUCAGUUUAUGAAGGCUGGAAGCAUCAAUGUGUGGAACAUUGCACCUCUUUUUAAAGGACUUGGCUAUGCCUCCAUGGUGAUUGUGUUCUUCUGUAACACGUACUACAUCAUGGUACUUGCCUGGGGUUUCUACUACUUGAUAAAGUCCUUCAAUUCCACGCUGCCCUGGUCCACCUGCGACAACCCGUGGAACACUGAAAACUGCAUUGAGAUCUUCCGCCACGACGACUGCCAGAACGGCACCAUUGGCAACUCAACAUUUGGAAACCUGACGUGCGAAGAGCUUGCUAAUGGGCGUUCCCCUAUCAUUGAAUUCUGGGAGAACAAGGUUCUGAACAUCUCUGAUGGGCUGGAUGAGCCAGGCGUCAUUAACUGGGAACUGAUGCUAUGUCUUAUGGCUGUGUGGGUGAUGGUUUACUUCUGUGUGUGGAAGGGGGUGAAGUCAACAGGAAAGAUUGUGUAUUUCACUGCCACGUUCCCGUAUGUGGUCCUGAUUAUUCUCCUGGUAAGGGGCGUCACACUUCCUGGUGCUUAUGAUGGGAUCCUGUACUAUGUCAAACCUGACUGGUCUAAGCUAGGAGAGGCACAGGUCUGGAUCGAUGCUGGUACUCAAAUCUUUUUCUCCUACGCUAUCGGGCUCGGAGCCCUCACGGCCCUCGGCAGCUAUAACCGAUUCAACAAUGACUGCUAUAAGGAUGCUUUUGUUCUGGCUCUGAUUAAUAGUGGCACCAGUUUCUUUUCUGGUUUCGUGGUCUUCUCCAUCUUAGGCUUCAUGGCGUCCGAGCAAGGUGUGGACAUCUCUAAAGUGGCUGAAUCAGGCCCUGGUUUGGCGUUCAUAGCGUACCCUAAAGCCGUUUCUCUGAUGCCCGUGGCUCCGGUGUGGGCUGCCCUAUUCUUCGUCAUGCUGCUACUGCUGGGACUGGACAGUCAGUUUGUUGGUGUGGAGGGUUUCGUAACUGGCAUUCUUGAUCUUUUCCCUGGAAAGUAUUACAUGCGCUAUCAGCGCGAAAUUGCUGUGGCGAUCUGCUGUUUAUUAUGCUUCAUUAUAGAUCUCUCCAUGGUUACACAGGGAGGGAUGUACGUCUUCCAGCUUUUUGACUACUACUCAGCCAGUGGAAUGACCCUACUGUGGCAAGCAUUCUGGGAAUGCGUGGUUGUCGCGUGGGUUUAUGGUGCUGACAGGUUCAUGGACGAUAUUGCCCGUAUGAUCGGUUACCGGCCAUUCCCGUGGAUGAAGUGGUGCUGGUCCUUUAUAACUCCAUGUGUUUGCAUGGGUAUCUUCCUAUUUCACCUGCUGAACUACAAGCCUCUGACCUACAACAAUGUGUAUGUGUACCCGUGGUGGGGAGAGGUGAUCGGAUGGUGUCUGGCUCUCUCUUCCAUGCUCUGUAUCCCCGUUAGCCUUGUGUACAAGCUCUCUGGAGCCAAGGGAACAUUCAGAGAGCGUUGGGAAAAUCUGACCAAACCAGUGUGGGGAGGCCAUCACCUCGAAUACAUGGCCCCCGACACUGACAUUAAAAGCCUGGCCUCUCUGUCUCCUGGAACGGAGGAGAACAAGGUGAUCAUUUUUGAGAGUGUUAUGUAGGUCAAAGGGAAAUCCUAAGACAACCCUCCUAAGCCAAGCUGGUUGAAGAUUUUUUUUUUUUUUUUUGCCAUUUGAUGGAAUUCUGCAUCAUCUUAGUCUUAAAACAGCUGAUGGAAAUUGACGGUUAUUUUUGUUUCAUACUACAGAUCCUCUAGCAGAUGCUCUUCCUCUUCCACCGGUUGAAACGGCAAACUAUAUACAUGAUUUUUAAGAAAAAUGAUGUGCAAAGUUACUUGCAGAUAUCAAGAUUUGCAGGGCAAAAUCAGCAUGCCUUUGGAGGGGACAGUAUAGUGUAGCCUAUAACAUUAUUUCACAGAGCGGCAGAAUUCCCACAGGCCACUUUCCUGAACGUUUGCACUGACACAACAAUCAAAUCUGAGCAAGAAGCACAUGGUUAAAAUGAAGCAAAUGGGGAAAAAUGUUUACAAAUGCAUCCUUGACUUAAAUUGGCCCAAUACGCACAUACACACACAAUAAUCUCAAAUUCAUGCAUAUGUAAAUUAAAACAAUGUACACUUCAAUAAACAGUGUUGCAUUUAACUGAUCAGCAAACAGAGAUACAGAUUUAACAAUCAAACUAAGUGUGUCUUUGCAGAUUUCAUGUCAAUAAGGCCACAUGUAGUUGCCAAAUGAUGAAAAAUCAUUUCCAUAGCUUUCUUUUUAUGUGUCUUCAUUUGAGACAGGUGACCUCAAUUCCUGGUGCGUGAUAUCACAGCGUUUACUGUAAGUGCCAAACAAAGCAUGACUUCCCAUCUCUGCUUAGACUUGUCAGGAGAUGGUUUUGGUUGCCAUAAAUAAAAUCAAUAUCUUCCUAGUUCAUCUGAAAUGUACUGUGUGCUCGAUCUAUCCUGCACAUGUCUGGAAACAUCUAGAGAGUUUUUAGCAGACACAUGCAGGAUUUCAACUGAAGAAGUGGCACUUUUCUAAGGUGCCUGUGAACCAAAAGUUGCAUUUGGUUAAAGAUUGAAUGGUUAAAGUCAACAUGAAACAUCAAUUUUUCACAAUGCAAUUAAUCAUUUAUGUGGUUUUACUCUGAAUAACAUCACUUUAAUACAGAGUUCUGGCAUGAAACUCUAAUGUCGUCAUCACAUGGCACAGCUGAUUGGUUCUCUCCUGUAUCGGUAGUCAAUGAGCUCGCUGCUCAGCAUUCAAAUAUAUAACUAGGGCUUACCGUAGC